AUGGCUAAACUAAUUCCUGUCAUGAGAAUUGAGUUCAGCACCUUCUGUCCAAGUGUGUUACCAUUUAGAGCAUAUUCAUUGUUACUGACUUAUUCUGGUGUAUAUGAGAAGCCGAGAGGCAACAAAAAGCAUGGUGCAUCAUUUAUCAUCACUAGAGCAAUUACAGGUCCUGCGUUGUUUUUGCUUCAGUAUAUCUGGUACAGUCCUGCAAAGUUUUCCCUCCCUGCUGGGCUUGUUCGUCUGGUUAGUAAGCAGAUCAACUGGCAUCUAGUUCUUGCAAGUAAUGGUAAACUGUUGGCAGUUGUCCAGGACCAGUGUGUAGAAAUCAGGUCUGCAAAAGAUGACUUCGGAUCAAUUGUUGGAAAAUGUCAAGUUCCAAAAGACCCUAACGCACAGUGGAGACGGGUGGCAUGGAGUCAUGACUGCACAUUGCUUGCCUAUUCGGAAAGCACUGGAACUGUGAGAGUGUUUGACCUGAUGGGCAGUGAGCUUUUUGUCAUUUCUCCGACAACCAGUUUUCCAGGAGAUUUGAGCUACGCUAUUGCUGGAUUGAUCUUUCUAGAAUAUAAAGCAAGUGUCCAGUGGUCAGCCGAACUGCUAGUCAUCAAUUACCGUGGAGAACUGAAAAGUUACCUAGUAAGUGUUGGAACAAACCAAAGCUUCCAAGAGAGUCAUAGUUUCAACUUCAGCAGCCAUUAUGCUUAUGGAAUAACUGCAGUGGUUUAUCAUUCUGGGCACAGGCUUUUGUUUGUGGGUGGCUGUGAAACAGAUAAAAAUGAAGUAUCUAAAGCAACUAAGUGUGGGAUAUCUGCUUGGAGAGUUCUUUCUGGGUUCCCGCAUUAUAAACAGGUCACUAGUUAUGAAGAGGAUACAGGGACCGCAAAGAGAAGUGGAUUAUUAAGGAUUAUGAAUUUCAGAUUUUACAGCAGACAAGGAACAGAACAGGAUGGAGUUUUCAAAAUGAGCCUUUCUCCUGAUGGAACUCUUCUAGCAGCUAUCCACUUCUCAGGAAAACUGACCAUCUGGGGAAUCCCGUCUCUCAAACAACAAGGAGAAUGGGAUCAGAGAGACCAGCCAGGUUAUGAUGAGAUCAAUCCAGAGUGCAGACUUUCUGUUGAAAAAAGGAAGAAAAUAAGAGAUAAAGAAUUGUAUUACCCACUAAUGGAUGUAAAUUGGUGGGCAGAAAAUGCUGUGAUCUUGGCUCGCUGCUCUGGUGCUUUGACUGUGUCUUCUGUGAAAACAUUAAAAAACUUAUUGGGGAAGUCAUGUGAAUGGUUUGAAAGUUCCCCUCAGGUCACUUCUUCUCAUGAUGGAGGAUUUCUAAGUCUGGAGUGUGAGAUAAAACUGGCUUCAAAAAGAUUACGCUUGGAAAGCAGGCCUGGGGAAGAAGACGAAGGCGAAGAUGACUUUGACUCAGAUGACGAAAUUUCUGCCAAGGCCAGAUACUUCAGUUACGUAAAGCAAGGCUUGUAUUUUGUGACAGAAAUGGAGCGUUUUGCUCCUCCACGAAAACGUCCACGUACUAUUACAAAGCAUUAUCGCCUUGUGAGUUUAAGAUCCACAACCCCAGAGGAGCUUUACCAGAGGAAGAUCGAUAAUGAAGAAUAUGGUGAAGCUUUAUCUUUGGCUCAAGCAUAUGGUCUAGAUUCUGAUCUUGUAUAUCAAAGACAGUGGAGGAAAUCAACUGUUAACAUUGCUUCUAUUCAGGACUACCUGAGUAAAAUUAAGAAGCGGUCCUGGGUUCUUCAUGAAUGCCUGGAAAGAGUUCCUGAGAAUGUGGAUGCUGCUAAAGAGUUGCUGCAAUAUGGUUUAAAGGGCACAGACUUGGAGGCUCUCAUAGCUAUUGGAAAAGGAGAAGAUGGUGGCAGAUUUAUCUUACCAGGUGAAGUGGACAUUGAUGAAAUCCCCUAUGAAGAAUUUUUGUCACCUGAUGAAGAAGUAGAAAAUAGAAAGGAAAGGGAGGCGAGGAAGCAUCAAGAACUGCUUCUAUCAGUGAACUUUUCAAAGCUAACACUAGAACAAAAGGAACUUUCUCGAAGCAGGCUGAAAUUAUUAACCUAUUUAGAUAGACUUGCAACUUAUGAGGAAAUACUUGGAGGACCUAAUGCAGCAGAAGAGAGAUAUGAUGCUGAAUUCUUCAAAAAGUUCCGAAAUCAGAAUAUUGUACUUUCAGCAAGAACUUAUGCUCGGGAAAGCAACGUCAGAGCCCUAGAGAUCUUGUUUACGUAUCAUGGUUCAGACUUGCUUCCGCAUUGGCUGGCAAUUAUCUCUAAUUUUCCAGAAACCACCUCACCACAUGAGUAUUCCUUUUUGCUUCCUGAAGCUUGUUGUAGGAAGGAUGUAUUGAUGAUUCUUCCCUGGAAUGAACAGAAACAUCGGGAAGAAGACUGGUGUGAAAAUCCACAGUGCAAAACGUUGUUUGAACCAGUUCUUCAAGAUGAAGCAGAAUUCUUGUAUGAAGCACAACCUGAGUUAUUAAAAUACAGGACUGCUAAGCUUUCAAUAGACCUGGUUUCUGAUUGGUAUUGGAACAGGGCACAGGAAAUUGAGAAAUAUGCUAUGCAGGUGGACUGUGCUCUGUCUUUGGUUCGGCUUGGCAUGGAGAGGAACAUUCCUGGUCUGCAGGUGCUUUGUGAUAACCUGGUUACUCUGGAGAUGCUGAUUUAUGAGACUGGAUGUGAUCUAACCCUAACCUUGAAAGAUCUGCAGGAGAUGAAAGAUAGUGAAAAACUAAGAUUGCUAAUGAUGAAUUCUUCUGAUGAAAAAUAUGUGAAGAACAUUUAUCAGUGGAUGGUCCCAUUUCUACAUCGCUGUGAAAAUCAGUCCCCUGGUCUUGCAAACACACUUUUUAGAGAGUAUUUAGUAACCUUAGCAAAGGAAGACCUGAAAUUCCCUCUCAAGAUCUUUCAAAAUUCAAAACCAGAUUGUCAGCAAAAAAUAAUUCCUGAUCAGGACCAGCUGAUGAGUAUGGCACUGGAAUGUAUCUAUAAUUGUGAACGAGAUGACCAGUUGUCCCUCUGUUAUGAUAUUUUGGAAUGCCUUCCACAAAGAGGAUAUGGCCCUGAAACAGAUAUAACUAAAACGCUUCACGACAGGGUAGAUGAACUGGAAAAAAUUCUCAGUGUAUCAGAAAUUUUGGAGAAGCAUGGACUUCAGAAAUCUGUAUCAUUUGUAAAAGAUACGCAGAGCAGUCCUGAACAAGCACGCAAGCUUAUGAUUAGGUUGACGAGGCACACAGGACGCAAGCAACCACCCGUCAGUGAGAUGCAUUGGAAAGGGUUACUACAGGAUAUGUUGGAUAUGCAGCAGAAUGUGUACACGUGCUUAGAGCCAGAUACCUGCUAUGAGAUAUUUACAGAAAGCCUUCUAUGUUCAAGCCAUCUAGAAAACAUACACCUAGCUGGGCAAAUGAUGCAUUGCAGUGUUGAGUCAGUGGAUCCACCAGUUAGUGUUGCCUCAAAAGGAAAACCACAGUAUAGAGUCAGCUAUGAGAAAAGCAUUGAACUGGUUUUGGCUGCUGGCAGAGAAUACUUCAAUUCUUCUACCAGCUUGACUGAUAGCUGCAUGGAUUUAGCCAGGUGCUGCUUACAACUUAUUGUCGACUGCCCCAGUGCUGUCCAAGAGGAGCUAGACCUCGUUCGUGCUCUUAACUAUCUGGAUGAAUUUGGUGUGACAAUCUUGCCAUUACAAGUACGUUUAUGUUCUGAUCGACUCAGCCUCAUCAAGGAUUGUAUUUCUCAGUUGCCUACAAACUACAAACAGUCUGCCAAGAUCAUGGGACUUGCAGAUUUACUGAGAGUUGCAGGAGAUGACCAGACAGAGAGAAAAGGCCAGGUUUUGAUCCUUUUAGUGGAACAAGCUCUCCAUUUCCAGGACUACAAAGCUGCUAGUAUGCACUGCCAAGAGCUUAUGGCGACAGGCUAUUCUAAAAGCUGGGAGGUAUGCAGCCAAUUAGGGCAAUCGGAAGGCUACCAAGACUUGGGUGCUCGGCGGGAGCUCACUGCCUUUGCUCUGACACAUUGCCCUCCAAGUUCCAUAGAGUCACUGCUGGCAGCAAGCAGUUCUUUGCAGACUCAGAUUCUGUAUCAAGCAGUGAAUUACCAGUUACGUCCCUCAGAAGGGGGAGAAAAUACAAAUGUCUCAGGAACUUCUUCGCUGAUCACUAAGGAGACUCCUCAGGUAAGUUUUAAAGCAAGACUGUAAAAU